AUGAUGCGGAAGUUGGUUUAUUUUGAUUCGUUUUGACAUGGGGCACUGCAGGUUGAUUGUUGAUGUUUUAAUUAUAUUUAUUUCAACAUCAACUGCAACAUUAGAUGACCAUAUACCAAAGGUGUGCAGCUAUGCUUCUUGUCAGCAGAUGAGUAACAGUAGUUCUGUAUUUAAUUAUUGUAAAACACAAAAUAUGACAAUCAGUGGGAGAUGUUGCUUCAAUUCCACGACUGAGGGGUCACAUACCCUUGCAGGCAUAGACUUGUCCUUUUGUAAUAUAUCAAGGGAGCAGCUAAAGACAUUUAAAACAGAUCUCAAAAUGGUGCAAUAUUUGGUUUUAGAUGCUAAUCCACUGUAUAACUGCAGUGUAGAAGACUUUAGAGGUUUGACAGAUUUAUAUUUUUUGAGUGUGCCAACCACCUGUUCUUGCCCUGGAGAGCUAACUGCAUGGGAAGACAUCACUAUUCAAGGAAAUAUAACAACAUGCCAGGGACAGAUCACUUGUAGACAGGAUUUAGUGCCCUGCCCUGCAUCCUCCCACUGUAGUGGAAAUGGCCCAGGUCUGGCUGAGUGCUCAUGUGAUGAAGGCAAUCAUGGAUACAAAUGCUCCAGACAGGGGAAGUUUCCUACAGCUGGGUUUGCAAUAGGUUUAAUAAGCAGUACAAUUGUGGCAGCAGGAGUUAUGUGGUGUUCUCACAGAAGGCAUACAAAGAUGGAAUAACAUAAUGUUGUGUUUAUGUUACUCUGCAUCAAGUAACUUCACAGAUGGAAAGCAUUUAUUCCAAAGACUUGGAGGAAGUCCAUGAAAACUUCAUAUCAUGGCAUCCGUGACAUAUUGAACUUCCAUGCUAUUUUUUUAUUUGACAGAGUCCAUAAAACAAAUACUAAGACCCCAUUCCCAGAGAUUAGAUCGAUCCAA